AUGCAACAUUAUCACACGUUAUCCCAUCAGCAACAACAGCAGCUGAUACAGAUGCAGAUGCAGCAAAUGCAACAGCAGCAUUCGCACAUGCCGCCAAACUCUCGACACCAUCCCCAUCCCGGUGGUCAUCCGGCUCACACAAUGACCAUGAACAACAAAAAGCCUAUCGAUCAUUACAAUGAAGAUACUCCGCCGCCACUACCGCCACUACGCAACCCCCAGAAAGCGCUGGAGUCAGUUCAAGCAAUACCUAGUCUCAAUGAUAGCACCGUCAAUGAGCGUGACAAGCAAAUUUACAUUUGCUCCACUCUUAAAAAUCCAAACAAUCAUACUAUGAACAAUAACAUUAACAGUAACAGUAGCAGUAAUUCCAAUAGCAACAAAAAUAGUGAGACUGUCCAAAACCCCUUGGGAAACCAUAACAACAACGGGAACAACAACCACUAUGGAACCAUGAAAGCUAACGCUAAUACAGUUAAAAAUCAAACCACUUUCAACUCAACACCGGCGACAACAACGAAACCGUUACCAUCGAUCAUCAACACUCCAUUGCCGGAAAUUCCCAAACAGGUGCAGCCGGCUUCACAACCGCAAAAGGAUGACAUCUACGUUAAGCGUAAACUGAUCGAUCAGAAUAGUAAAUUCGCGACGCUGAAAGCCAUUCCUUUGCCGAAAAUAGAAGCCCUGGAGCUUGAAGCCCAGCGGAAGAAAAUGGCCCAACAGCAUCAGCAACAGUUGGGAGCGAGUACCACCCCCAAUGGUAACCCGGUUGCGGUCACAACCACGGCUCUACCUCCCCCACCUGCAGCAACUGCAGCCACACAUAUGACCACAUCCCAAAUCCAAUCCCUCCCGUUACCACCCCCACCACCGGAGUUGAUAGAGGAUGAACCUUUGCCUCCUCCUCCACCCGCGAUAAUCCAGGAUGAGGAAGCCAGUGGCAAUAACAAUUCCAAGAGCACGACGCACGCUUCCAACGACAACGAUUCGAAAGAGGCAAUUUACGCGACCAAAGCUGUUACCAACACACACAGUAGCGCCUCCAACGGCAACCGUGGAAACAACGGAGAUGCACCAACGCAGAACCCAUCGAAUACAAAUAACAAUGGUGACGAAAGUAGUUACUAUGCGGUUACCGAACUAUAG